AUGAGAUCCCUCACAAAUAUCUCUGUCUUUACUUAUGCCUUUACAUUUACACUAUGGAAUAAUAUCCAGCCAACUGUAGAAGAUGAAUUUAUUGCAAAUUAUUCAAGCAGUUUGCUAACUAAUAUUCCGAAAACCAUUCCAGUCCAUACUCAAGUAUUAGAUCUAUCACAUAACAGGAUCUAUGCACUUAGUAUAUCAGAAUUUAUUUAUCUUUCUGACCUUCAAGUAUUAAAUCUUUCUCAUAAUCUAAUUAGAUUGCUUGAUUUUAGUGUCUUUAUUUUUAAUGAAAAUUUAGAAUACUUAGAUUUAUCUCAUAAUAACAUUUCUAAAGUUUGCUGCCUAACUAUUGCAUAUCUUAGACAUUUAGAUCUUUCUUUCAAUAAGUUUACUGCCCUGCCCAUCUGUCAGGAAUAUGGGAACAUGUUUCAUUUGGUGUACCUUGGAUUAAGUGCUACGAUGAUACGAAGGUCAGACUUCAGGUAUAUCAAACAUUUGCAGCUGCACACUGUCUUUCUGACCUUGGAAAAUAUUUCACUGUAUGAGCCUCAGAGUCUGACAGUCUUGACUACAAGGAACCUCCACAUUGCUUUUGGAGCAAACCAAAACUUCAUUUUCCCCCUCUUGUACGAUGGAAUGAGCACUUCAGAAAACUUAGAAAUAGUUAAUUUAAGAUAUACCUUGAGCUACAGAGAUUUCCCCUCUCCAUCUUUAAUGCUUCUGAAGAAAAUCAAGACAACAGCUCUCACGCUUGAUGCUGUGGAUUUACAGUGGCCUAUCAUCCUGCAAAUUUUCAUGCUUAUUUGGUAUUCACCCGUGGAACAUUUGACUGUGACAAAUUUGACUUUUUGGGGACCAGUGGAGGAGCUGAUUGAAUAUGCAUUUCUACCUUUAUCAAGCUCUGUGGAACAAUUAAUCUCUUUGGAUGGCUCCAUGAAAGCAUUGACUUUGGAGCAUGUUCGCAAUAAGGUUUAUUAUUUCAACCAGGAGAUUCUAUAUAGACAGUUUUCAGAGAUGAAUAUUUCAAAUUUGACAAUAGCUGAUGCUUAUAUGCCACACAUGCUUUGCCCCAAUAGAAUGAGCCCAUUUCAGUAUUUGAAUUUUUCUCACAAUGCUCUGACAGAUGAAUUGUUCCAGAAUUGUGGCACUCUCAUGGAUCUGAAAUUACUUAUUUUGCAGAAGAAUAAAUUUGAAAGCCUUCGCAAGGUAAGCUUGAUGACCAGCCAUAUGAAAUCACUGAAAUACCUGGACAUGAGCAACAACCUGCUGCGCCACGAUGGAGCUGAGGUGCAGUGCCAGUGGGCUGAGUCUCUGACUGAGCUGGACCUGUCCUCCAAUCAGUUGGCAGAUGCCGUGUUUGGGUGCUUGCCAGCCAACGUCAAAAAGCUCAGCCUCCAAAACAAUCAGAUCAGCAAUGUCCCCAGCGGGAUGGUGGAGCUGAAAUCCUUGGAAGAGCUGAACCUGGCAUCCAACAGGCUGGCUGACCUGCCGGGCUGCAGCGGCUUUACGUCCCUGCAGUUCCUGAACAUCGAGAUGAAUUCGAUCCUCACCCCUUCUGCUGACUUCUUCCAGAGCUGCCCCAGGGUCAGGGAGCUGCAGGCUGGGCACAACCCGUUCAAGUGCUCCUGCGAGCUGCAAGCCUUCAUCCGCCUGGAGCGGCACUCAGGGGGGAAGCUGUUUGGCUGGCCAGCGGCGUACGAGUGUGAGUACCCGGAGGGCUUGCGAGGAACGCAGCUCAAGGACUUCCACCUGAGCCUGCUGGCUUGCAACGCGACGCUGCUGCUGGUGACAGCUCUGCUGCUGACGCUGGUGCUGGUGGCCUUGGUGGCCUUUCUGUGCAUCUACCUGGAUGUGCCGUGGUACGUGCGGAUGAUGUGGCAGUGGACGCAGACGAAGCGCAGAGCUUGGCACAGCCGCCCCGGAGAUGCGGGGAGCGUUCUGCAAUUUCACGCGUUCAUUUCCUACAGCGAGCGCGAUUCGCUGUGGGUGAAGAACGAGCUGAUCCCCAACCUGGAGAAAGGAGAAGGCUGCGUCCAGCUGUGCCAGCACGAGAGGAACUUUAUCCCCGGCAAGAGCAUUGUGGAGAACAUCAUUAACUGCAUUGAGAAGAGUUACAAGUCCAUCUUUGUGUUGUCUCCCAACUUUGUGCAGAGCGAGUGGUGUCACUAUGAGCUGUACUUUGCCCACCACAAGUUAUUCAGUGAGAAUUCCAGCAGCUUAAUCCUCAUUUUACUGGAGCCCAUCCCUCCCUACCUUAUCCCUGCCAGGUAUCACAAGCUGAAAGCUCUCAUGGCAAAGCGCACCUACCUGGAGUGGCCGAAGGAGAGGAGCAAGCAUGCCCUGUUCUGGGCUAACCUGAGGGCAGCCAUUAGCAUUAACCUGCCAAUACCUCGUGAAGCAAAUGAGCAGGAGAGUGAUGCUACACCUACUAGUAGUGAAUAACUGACUUGAAAGCUUUGCAUUAAACUCCAUUAAUACUUUCUUAUUAUUUUCUUACAAUAUUCCCAGUUUGUUGAAAUAUGUGGCACAUAUAGAAAUUGCUAUUGCUUAUUCAA